AUGCACGAGCCCUGCCCCAGGGACCAGCUCCUCCCUGGCCUUCUGCUUCUGCUCUGGCUGUCGGCCAGCCUGGCUCUCCAUGGCCCCCCACUCUGGGGAAGCCCGCACAUCCACACCCACGGGACCCCACGCUGCUAUUCAGCCGAGGAGCUGCUCCUGGGCCAGGCCCCCGCCCACCUGCUGGCUCGAGCUGCCAAGUGGGAGCAGGCUUUGCCGGUAGCUCUGGUGUCCAGCCUGGAGGCAGUGGGCCGCAGGAAGCAGCACAAGGGGCCCCCAGCUGGAACCCAGUGCCCGGUGCUGCAGCCUGAGGAGGUGUUGGAAGCCGACAUCCACCAGCGCUCCAUCUCUCCCUGGAGAUACCGUGUGGACACGGACGAGAACCGCUACCCACAGAAGCUGGCCGUCGCCGAGUGCCUGUGCAGGGGCUGCAUCAGCACCAGAACCGGCCGCGAGACAGCAGCGCUCAACUCUGUCCCGCUGCACCAGAGCCUGCUGGUGCUACGCAGACGGCCCUGCUCCCGGGAUGCGACAGGGGUGCCCACGCCUGGAGCCUUUGAAUUUCACGUCGAGUCCAUACAAGUGCCCAUCGGCUGCACCUGCGUCCUGCCCAAGGUGGUACUGUGA